UUUCAGUUUAACAUAGCAAUAACAGACAAUAAUGAAGUUCACACAGAAGCCAAAAAAGUUGUGUCAAAUCAGACGUCAACACUUGCACAGAAUGUCUGUGUGGAGAUCUCACUUAGGACUGCCGAUGGUGAUACGAUGGUGCUUGAACUUUGGUACAUAAGUCUGGAUAUAAAUCAGUGUGAUAUAAGUGCUAAAAUGUCACAGACAGGUUAUUCUAGGAUGAGCAUAGCAUUAAAAUCAUUAUUAAAUGUUUCUAGAGUUACACCUGCUUACAAACUCUCUCGAAGGCAGACAAGCAGUGACUACAUAAUUUGCUAUAGAAUAUAUCUUGGCGAACCACAGUUUUAUAUUCUUGGUGAGAACCAUCAAAAAUCAAAAGUAGGGUCUGUGCCAACUCCAUAUGGGACCAUAGGAAUUCAUUUAGGCUACAGAACAAAGUUGUUGAUAUCUCCACAGAACACUACAAAAGAGGUGCCAUUUGAGGUGAAGGACGAUCAUUUUAAACAAGAUAGUAGUCCUGUAAGACCAACAACACCAAAACCUUGUGUAUCUGGUUACAGAAGGCAAAGCACUUGUGAUUCAGACUCUACAGGUCAGAGUGAGGAAUCAUGUACAACAACAUUUUCUACUAGUCCCUGUGGUGAGCCUCUAAGAACUAAAGGAAGUCCCGCCUCUCAUCAUCAGUCGCAGCCAAUAAAGAUCAACAUACAGGGCAGUUCUCCUGUGACUGACAAGUUCCCUGAUUUAAGGCCACAGAGUGCUCCAGAAAAGCCUUUCACAUACCAAGAUUGUCAUAGAGUUGGAGCAUUUGUUCAACAUUUUACAGACAAUAAACACAACAGCGAUGAUGAUGUGCCGUUCCUAUCUCUCUUACAGCAGGUCAAACUUGAUAGACAAGACAAGGACAAGACAGAUGGUACAAAGUUAGAGGCAUCGAAAGUCACGUCCAGCUCGAAAACUGAAAGUUCACGGGAAACAAGUGAGUCUGCGCUAAGCGAGUCCAAAACAAGUACCAGUAGCCAGGUGUCAGCACCAGAUGACUUUGUUAUGGUGGAGUUGAAAACACCAUUUGCUGGAGCAGAUGCCAAUAGUGAUUUAGGACGGUUUUAUCGAGAAUGUCAGAGUGCACCGGCAUUGACAAACUGUGACGAGGAGCAGUCAGUACCGGAAGCUUUGGAGCAGUUAACUAACCAGCUAGAAUCAUUUGAGACUCAUAUGAAAGACUUUGAUAACUUUGUGUCAGAACUGAAUAUUGACAAUGAAUCUAUGGGUUUUGAAGCUAAAGCUGUUUUUGAAACGUGAAACUGUGAAAGAUAUGGGUUUACUGGUUUGUAAUACAGGGUUGCUUUCUCUUACAUUUCAUUCUUGUAGGUCUUUUGUCAUUUUCUGGAAGGGAAAUGAGAUGAAUAAGUAAAAUAACAGCAAAAAAUACAGUAUUGUUUUAUAAUAAAACACUUUGGGUAUGUGCGUUUUUUUUAACUUGUAUGAUGAAAUCUUCAGUGGUUAUAUUUAUCGGUACAUUUCAAAAUUCCAUACCACAAAAUGCAUUUAUAAGAAAUAUUAUAGUACCUGUACAUGUACUUCGAAAAUUACUUUGGUCCAUUUCCACAGUAAGAUUAUUUAUAAUAAGUCAAUAGAAAGUUUAUGUAAGGAAAGACAACUCUGUAAGGUUGUGUUUAAUUUAGUCAACAUGGAUGAAUAUGUGCUGCAUUUGAAAGGGAUUGAACACAUUUUGGUGCUCUGCACUUCUGUAUUAAAAGAAUAUUGAUCCCAUUUUUCUUCCUUUAGAGCUGUAAUGUUGAAGUAUUUUAAUAUAAAAGAAGGAACAUGUGUUAUAUGUUAUAUGUAAUCAAGUUUUUGACCCAUAACUUACAUUAUUUUAACAAUUGUAUUUUUCAUUCUGUUUUGUAUAAAGAAAAAAGUUUUUUUCAUAUCCAGUAUUUCUGUUCAUUUUGUUUGAUGUGAUAAAGAAAAGUUUAUCAUGGGAUCUUUAUUAUUUGGGUUUUGAAUCCAAAAAUGACUUUUUUGUAGUUGAAAUGUUGUGUUUUACUCUUUCCUUAUCGAAGCAUAGUUUUAAAAUACAAUGUACAUAAAAUUGCAGUACGUUAUUAAUUUAAUUUUGCAAACUUCAUGUUAUCAGAUUUAUUAUUUCAUGAACCAAUAUAAUGCAAAUCUGAUAAAAACAAACACAUUCUGUAGAUAUCCUCAGUUGAUUAUCCAGUCAGAUUAUAGAUUAUUAUUAUCGUACUUUCAUGUGUUAUGGAUGUUUUAUAUUUCCUUAAUAAAAAACAAGUCUCACCUCUGAAACAUUUUAAGUAAAGUAAAACAGCAAAUGUUUUAUGAUAAAGAUCGCUGGCUCGAUCUCUCCUAUAAAUGUUUUAUACGAGUUAAGUUGAUUUAUGUGGAUAAGUUCACGGUGUCUUGGCAGAAUAAAUGUAUUCUGUUUUAUGAAAGCUACCGUUAAUAAGUGGAUUUUUUUGUUUGUUUUUGUUUGAAGCUGUGAUAAAAAGAGGAAGUACUACACCAUCAUGAAGAAUUUACUUGACAUGAAAAAAUAGUAAGGUAUAAUUUAGAUUUUGCUUGGUUAUGUCUUCCGUAUGAAAAUAUUGAUCUGAAGAAAGCUCUUUAAAUAGAAAUGUGCAUGUUAUAAUGUAAUUAUUUGCUUGCUAAUAUUUGUAAGAUAAGUGCAGAAUAAAUUAUGAAUGUGCUGUACACAUUUUGGUAUAGAACUACAUGUUCAUGUAAUUAAUGAACUGCUAGAUUUUCUCUGUGUGACCAGAUUCUGUUUCUUCAUUUACAUUUUUUUGUUAAAGUAAAAUAUGUUUCAUGUAUGAAAAUUUGGGAUGUAGUUUCAAAGAAUUUCAGUUAAAGAGGGGGCUAUCAGAUAGGGAAUGUCAAGAUUAGUGGUUUUGUUGAAUACAAUUUAUGCUAUAAAAUGACCAAUUUUAAAGUUCUGAAAGUUAAGGGUUGCCAUGUGGCACUUUGGCUAUUAUAAUUCAUAGUAAAAAAAUAAAAAAGAUUGAAUAAUUGAUUAAGAAUAGCAAAAAAUUUGUCUAAAUUUCUCUUUGAUAUUAUUAGAGAAACAGAAUUUGCGCAUUAUAAAACUAACUGUUUUCGUACAAGUGAUUUUUCAUUUAUCAGAUUUUUUAUGACACUAUAUAAUGAUUUAUCAUAAUGCCACCAAAUUUGUAAAUAAAUGUUUUUUUUAUAUAGAACCAGUCCUUGAGGUUGUAAAAUUAAUGCAAGCUUAUGAAUAGAUAAUAUCAAACCAAGUCCACAAGUGUCAAAUAAUUUUGUUUCACUGAAUUUGAGUGAUCUCCCUUAUCCCAUAUUUUCAUACAUAAGACUUGAAAUGUAAUAAAUAUCUUAGUUCGGAAUUGACAAAGUUAUUAAUACUCCUUUAGUAUUAGUUAUUUGUGAAAUUUAAUUUAAUAUAUAUCUUAUUCAUUUUCAUAAUUAUUACAUUGUUUUGUAAACCUCUGAUCAUUAUGUAUUAGUUACAAUCAUAUCUGAAAAGGUUAUUGAAGUGAUUCAUUUUUUUCCAUCACCUGAAAUAAUACUUAAGUAAAUUAAUGUUAUUUUGUCAUAA